AUGUGACCUACAUACCAAAAUGUGACGACGAAGGCUCUGUCAUGUCGAUGCCAAAUCAAAAACUGAUAAAACACAUUAUGCAUCAGAAUAAGUUUAUUUACGACCCAGCUGCAGGCGCACGCUAAACUAUGAGCAGUCAUAGUUACAUUUGAACUCACCACUAGUGCCGCUGCUCCAUGUGAUCUGCUGCACAAACUCUACCCUCGACUUUUUGUUGACUCAGUCACUGGAAACUAAAAUUCCCGAAGACACAAACACACAGACAGUUGGCCAAUGCUCAAGUCAAUCAUUACACACAAGGUACACAGCUCUUGUCAGUGCCUGGUCCUGCACUGCCUUACACAGAUGAUCUGAGCGCACACUCUGCAUUUCUUUGAGGAAAUCCACAGGCUUCCUGACCUUUUUUGCACAGGUGAUUUCAGCUAAGAUUCUCUGAACUGCCCAUGGCACGUUUUCUCUCGCUGCUCCGGCCUCAGCCCUUUCUGGCCUUCACAGGGGGGAGGAAAACUUCAUUUUGCAGAAUGUCAUUGGACGUACGGGCACGUGAGGUGUUUGCAGCAGCUGUGGAGGCUGUGCAGCCGGACACUGUGGUCCGGCACAGUAUACAGCGUAAGGACGAUUCCCUGCUUAUAGAUGGUCACACGUUCACGCUCAGACACAACCUGCACUUAGUGGGCUUUGGAAAGGCAGUUCUUGGGAUGGCUGCAGAGGCAGAGAGGAUUAUGGGGGAUCACCUGCAGAGAGGAGUGAUAAGUGUGCCACAUGGAAUUCAGAAGACAUUACUUCAGCAUGGGAAAGACCAGAUGUUGUUAAAAGAUAAAAGUUGCAUCAGAGUAAUGGAGGGAGCUAAACACAACUUGCCAGAUGCUGAUGCCCAGAAGGCAGCUGAGAGCAUCAAACAGCUAGCCAGUGAACUGACUGAGAAAGACCUGCUGCUUGUACUCAUUUCAGGUGGAGGGUCUGCACUCUUACCUGCACCUGUCCCACCAAUCUCCCUACAAGAGAAACAGGAUGUCACACGCAGACUGGCAGCUGCUGGUGCCACUAUUCAGGAACUCAAUACUGUUCGUCGUGCCCUUUCUUUGUUGAAGGGUGGUGGGCUUGCACAUUAUGCUUAUCCUGCCAAGGUGGUUGCACUGAUACUGUCUGAUGUGAUUGGAGAUCCCCUGGACUUGAUAGCCAGCGGCCCCACAGUGCAGAGUGAAGUGCGGCAUGAGGAGGUUUUGUCUGUCCUUGAACGUUACAACCUGUCCACCUCUCUCCCAGCCUCAGUGAAAGACGUCCUUGGAAGAGCAGGCCCUCGGUGGGAACAGAGUAAGGAGCAGUCGGACAGGGCAGCACAUGCUCUCAAUGUUGUGAUUGGCUCCAAUAGCGUUGCACUCAGGUGUGCGGGUCGCCGUGCACGGGAGUUAGGUCUGCGCCCUGUUGUGCUGUCACCAGGAGUGUGCGGCGAUGUCCGGUCAGUGUCUCGCCUGUAUGGCCUCCUGACGCGUUAUGCCUGUUCUCGAGACGAGCCCCCUCCUGAAGUUGCUGCCGAGGUGCUGAAGCUGGGGCCUGAGGUGGGCGUCCAGAGCUGGGACCUGUGUCGUACCAUGAAAGUCCUGAGUGAAGGGCGUACAGAAGGUUGGGGCGCCACGUGUCUGUUAGCUGGGGGCGAGCCCACCGUAGAGCUGACAGGGAAGGGUCGUGGUGGGCGGAACCAGGAGCUGGCCCUGCGAGUUGGGUUGGAGCUGAGAGGCAUGGAGCUCCCACCUAACGGUCCUUUGUUCCUGAGUGGUGGGACAGACGGCCAGGAUGGACCCACUGAGGCAGCCGGGGCCGUCACUGAUGGCGGGUUGUGGGAAGAAGCGAAAGCACAGGGGCUGGACGUUGAUGGCUGCCUUACUAACAACGAUUCAUUCACUUUCUUUUCACAUCUUUCUAGUGGGGAGCGCCUGCUUUUACCAGGCCUAACUGGCACCAAUGUAAUGGAUGUGCAUAUGCUAAUUAUUCCAUCUCAUGAACAUUAAAAAUACAUAGAUUAAAAGCAAAACAGAAAGUAAUUGUGGUAAACAUUCAUUUAGAAUAAGGUAUAUUUAAGGAUCAUAACGCAGUUGUUUUCACUCUUAUCUGCACAGCUUAUUAUGAAUAUUAAAUGUCAAGAUCAGUAUUGUUAUAUUAAACGGAUAACACCACACACUGCACUUAAUAUUGUUAGAUUUGAAAAAAAAAAAAAAACAAAAAAAAAAACAAAUCAUAUAAUUUUGUUAUAACUUUUGUAAUCAGGGUCUUGGCAGGUUUCA